AUGACGGCGGACGUGAGCCAUGCAGCAUCACGCGUGCUCACCUCCAACAGCCCCCGCGACCCGAGCUAUGAUGAGUUCUCCUUCGUACCCUUCCUCCGCCAGAGCUAUGGCUUCGGCCUUGCCAGUGAUGUGCCCGUCUGCAAAGCCUACAGCGAAGGCCACUGCCCUCUAGGACCAGCCUGUCCCGAUCGCCACCCAACCCCAUCGCCACCAUCAACCACACAUGGAUCUCUGGUCUGUAAACAUUUCCUCAAGGGACUCUGCAAAAAGGGUCUCAAGUGCGAGUAUCUUCAUGAAUACAACCUCCGUCGCAUGCCCGAAUGCCAGUCCUUCUCGCGGUCCGGCUAUUGUCCCAAUGGCGAUGACUGCCUGUAUCAGCACGUGCGGGAGCAGGCGCGUCUGCCCCCUUGUGAACACUACGACCGGGGAUUCUGCGAGCUGGGACCCCUGUGUGCCAAGCGGCAUGUUCGUCGGCGCUUGUGUCAAUACUACUUGGCUGGGUUCUGUCCGGACGGCAAGGCCUGCGUGGAUGCUCACCCCCGGUGGUCGGAGAACCUUCCCCGUCCGCAGAUCCGGGUCGAGAAGACCGAAGAAGAGCUGGAACGGGAACGGGCGUUAAUUCGGGAGGAACAGGAGAAGGAGAAGGAGCGUGAGAGGGAGUGGAGGAGUGAGCGUGGUCGUGGUGGGGGGUUCAUGCGGGGUCGAUUUGUGUUUACAGAAUCGUCGAGAUACCCAGCUGAGAGGCAUGUUUACGCUUUAUUUUACACGGUUGAAUCUAUCAUGGUUGCAUCUUAG